AUGGCAGGCCCAAGGAAUGUGCGUACAUUACAUGGAAAUGGAGGCCGUAAUAAUGAUGUGAUGGGCCCAAAAGAAUUCUGGUUAAAUAUCCCCCCAAUAACAAGAACUUUAUUUACUCUAGCGAUCGUUAUGACGAUCGUCGGCCGGUUGAAUCUAAUCAAUCCGUGGUACUUUAUUUAUGUUUGGAAUUUGACGUUCAAGAAGGUUCAGAUAUGGAGACUUCUUACUUCUUGUGUAAUGCUUUCGUCUCGUGCCAUGCCUGCGCUAAUGGAACUAUAUAGUAUUUAUGACAGGUCCUCACAGUUGGAGCGAGGGCAUUUUGGUCCCGGUUUGUCCAAUAGACGAGGACCGAUGGUAACAGUAGACUAUGCCUACUACCUGUGCUUUUGUAUACUAGCCAUCACUACGGCCACUACAAUCAUUUAUGGGUCCUACUACCCUGUUGUGCUCACCUCUGGGUUCAUAUCAUGCAUUACAUAUACUUGGUCGAUCGACAAUGCCAACGUGCAGAUCAUGUUUUAUGGUUUGAUUCCUGUUUGGGGGAAGUACUUCCCCUUAAUUCAAUUGUUUAUCUCUUUCGUUUUUAAUGAGGGUGAUUUCGUAAUCUCAUUGAUCGGUUUUACUACAGGGUACCUUUAUACAUGCUUAGAUACCCAUACACUGGGGCCAAUAUGGGGGAUGAUAUCCAGAAAAGCUGAUCCAACCUACGGAAUCUCGCCCAAUGGGAAAUUCUCAACGCCAUGGUGGUUUACUAGUCUAUAUGCUCGCAUAACGGGUGCCCACAAUGAAACUGCAACAUUCAACAACAACUUUGCCAAUGUGCCAUCUUCGCAAAGAGAAACGAGAACUUUUAGUGGAAGAGGUCAACGAUUGGGUACGGCCCCUGCAACAUUGUCUCAAACCAGUGGCACAGAUUCAGGCAGAGCUUCUGGAAGUCAAUUAAGAAGUGGCCCAUCGAAUUUGAACCAAUUUCAAGGCCGCGGCCAACGAGUAGGACAAACAAACAGCCCCUCCGACUCACAAUAA